CAAUUUACAAAACCACACCUCUAAUUCGUUUUCCACAAAAACCCGUCCCUUUCUUCCAACCAUGGACCUCCCCAACACCACACGCCCCCCACUUCCGCCGCAUCACCAAAACCACAACACCCACCCCGAAAAUCACCGCCACGGCUGAAAUGUCCCCACCGCCGCCGCCACAACCGCUGACCAAUCUCCCCUCCUUGCCGGAUCUCCUCCUCACAGCCCUCUCCGUAUGCUUCCUCUUCACAUCCUCUAAGUCCCACAUCGCUUCCACCAACUGUCCCUUCCUCUCUUUCCCUCUUAACCCUCGGCGUUUCCUCAAAAUCCCCGCUAUGUCCCACACCGCAACCCCAACAACAUCGAUAUCAUCGAACCCUAACAAGCUUAACCUUAAUCUUCUGCCUCCUCGCCGCCAUAACUUCGCUUCCCCACAAUCUCUCUCCGAUUGGCUCAAACCUCGUUUACCCUCUGACUCCUUCGCUUCAUGGGGGGUCAAGCCAGGCACCAAGAACGUGCACAAUCUCUGGCUCGAGCUCUCAGAAGGUGAAACCUCCCUCGCCGAUUCAACCCCUCCGGUUCGAACUGUUCAGGUUCUUUCGGUUCGGAUAACCGGAAAGGACGGUAAAUUCUUAGUGGAGUCGCACCAGGAGUUGUCUGACGGUAACGUGAGACAGCGGGGAAGACCCUUAUCGGAGAAGAUGAAGCCGAACGAGGUUCCUGAAUCUGCUGCUGUUAGGGCCAUCAGGGAAGAGCUUGGGUCUGUUAUUGGGGAUGAAACGGGUUUUGAUUUGCGUGACAUUGUGACCAUUGAUCCCAAUUCGUAUCAGAUGAGAGUGGAGGAGCGUGAUUCGGGUUCUUAUCCGGGUUUACCCGGUUGCUACGUUUUGCACACGUUGAAUGCCACGGUGGAGGGUUUGCCAGAGGGUGAUUUUUGCACCUAUGAGAUGGAUGAGUAUGGGGAUUUUGAUGAGAAGAAAGUUGCAGACAGGGCUGUCUCUGUUAAGAAGCAUUAUUGGACAUGGGUUAGUGCUGAUUCCAUGGAAACUUGAUAUGGAGCUGGAGCUUUUUAUAUAUAUAUUUUGAGUUUAAGCUGACAUUUUUUUUGGAAGUUUUUAUGCAUAUAGGAAUAUUGAUACCAACGGUUUUUGCACUUGUAAAAUAUUAUUGAGGUUUUGGGAUAACAAGGUGAGUGUGGGAAAGUUAUUAUUUUGCAUUGUUUGGGGUUUACAGAUAGAGAGUGGAGCUGCUACUUGUUGAUGUCAAUAAAUCCCGGGUAUAGAAUUUGUUGUUUUAUUUUUAUCUGUAAUUAUGUUGCAUUCUUUUACCUCACUUGUUUACAUUGUGGGUUAUGCUUGUGAGUUGUGACCAUAUGGUGAAUGGUUGGAUAGUGGGAUAGGGGAUAGCUUCCCAUUCCAAUUUAAGGAUCCCCAAAUAUGUAUUGGCAAAAUUUGAUUUGGUGGUAUGGGUGUGUCAUGAAACGAAGUGCUGAAUUGGACCUUCUUUCUUGAAUGGCAAUUAUGCAAUCUGUUAAGAAGUAUUUAAAAAUACCGGUGAUUGUCUGAUAACCUCUGCCAGAUAAAAAAAUGGCCUGAAUCAGAUGCUGUUAGCCUGCUACUACCUACUGAUGCUUUGAGGCCGUGUUGGUAUCGGUGAUGGUUCUAUCUUCAUGAGGACUCAAUGCGUUUUAUUCCUUGUGCUUCAUUAUUUGGUGAAAUCUUGAUUAAAAGUAGGGGAUUAGGAAGAAAAUUGGAAGACAGCUUCAGUACAAAUCUUACAUGGUGUAGAGACUAUUUUAUAAAUAUUUUUCUUUUCUUUCAAAUUCAGUUGGACAGUGAAAAAGGUGGUUAAUCAAGUUGAAAUUUUUAAAUAAAAGCUGAAAACAAGAGGUGCAUUCCAUAGUCACUGUUCCACCAAGCAAUUGCAGUUAGAGGAAUUAUGAGGGGCAUUCUCUAAUCCUUACAUAUAUGGUUUUUUUCUUGUCUUAUUAUAUAUGAAU